UCUUCAGUACGAUCACCAGAAUUUAGCACAACGAUGGAGGAUGUAGGACUGGGGCAAAUAGCUCUGCCUCGUCGGUUGAAUGGGCGCCUAGCAGCAUGCGAUCCUUGCCGAGUCCGUAAAGUUGCUUGCGAUCAUGCGCGUCCCAUUUGCAAUCGGUGCCGGAGGCGUGCUGAUGGUACCGAGUGUGUUUAUACUGGGCAAGAGCCAAGACCGCGCUCGUCUAGGCUGUCGCGACGUGCUAUUGAGAAUCCACGACCGCGUAUUGGGCAACACGCCACCAAGGCCAAUACGCCAAGCAGUCAACAAUCAGCCGAACGGCCAAGGUCGUCCGCUGUAAGAAAGGUAAGUCAUGGUCGGGGCUAUCUUGGAGUUACAAGCUACAAUGCCGCAUUCGAAGAAGCGCGAGAUAGCUUGUCACUUCUUAGUGCGCCAGAAUUCGACGGUGGCCGAGUCAUUCCAGGGGUCAAAGAAGAUCACACUUCUUUUCGCGAUCUGCCACCGCCCUUGCGGGAGAUGUGCCUUUACGUACUGCAGUGUCUCCCGGAACAGCUCAAUGAUCCAGAUGGGCGUCCCGAUGGGCCUUUAUACGACGCCCACGACUGGGCCGAUGUUGCCGUGGACCGCAUUGCGACUUCGGUGCAGACCCUACUCACUGAAGCUCGAAAGGAAGGUGGGGAUGGACUUGAAUCUCUGGCCGAGAAAAUAUGCCGCAAUACAGUUCAGCCGUUCCAAAAUAAUAUUUCCACAUCGAAGGAGUGGCUGGACCAGUUCUGUGAAGGCAAUCUGAGAUGGGAGUCAAUCGGUCUUUUAUGGGCCUAUGCCUCGCAUUCAUUAUCAGAUGUAGUACAUUCCGCCUACUGCAGCCGCACCCAUUGGCUUGCGUCCAGAUGUACAUCUGAGACUGCACUUGUUUGCAUUGGCUACUGCAUCGACUUGGCGCGUCGGUUCGCUGAACAAAACAUCCUGUUACUGGACCUUUGCCGUCGAAACGCAACCUUGGAAUCAACCAUUGUUGGCGAAACUAAACUUGUGUCGUUCGCCUCGUACGGUGUUGUUGUUGCAAUGAUGAUUUACCUAGGGCUUCACGUACAGCCACAAGAUGCGUCUUAUCGACCCACUCUAUACUCCGAGACUCGAAGGCGUUUAUUUACCCAAAUCUUCAUCAGUGAUAAACUUGGUGUUACGUUCACGGGGCGUCCUCCACUUCUAAACCGUCGUUACUGCUCGACACCACUCCCGCUUGACCUUCGGGAUCAGGAUCUUGUAUCUGGUCAGGAUGAUUUAAAUCGUGCUUUCGAGUCACUUGAUGAGCAUGGUUGGAACACGGAUGGUGGCCUUUAUUCAGCAACCGUCAUGCGAGCUCGAGCCAUGAUUGCAUAUAUCCGGGACGAAUUGGUUGAAAUCGCACUGACCCACAAUGCCGUCGUGACGGUAGAACACCUAGAAGAAAUUGAAGCUCAACAGCACAUCGUUUACUCACAAUUCCCUAGAAGUCUGAUUCAUCAGCCUAACGAGUUGAACGAUCUCAACACUGAUAUGCGAAAAGUCUUUUUACAAAUCCUGGUCUAUCUAGAACACCUCAAAAACAUCUUUUUCACCCAACGAUUGCUUGUUUUGCAUGGAAGGCCCAACGAGGGUGAUCUCAUAGUUACAAGCUUCAUUAUGCUUACAACUGUACUGGUUUUUUGGACACAUAGAGAGAGGUUUGCAUGGCCCAGUGUCAAACGCAAUUUCCAAUGGCUCGUCCUCGCCUACGGUGGGCCAGCAGCUGGAGUGCUUUGCCUCGAGUUACUUCGGCCGACUUUCUCCAGGAUUCAUCCAAAGGAUCCUAGUGUUAGUCGCUCGAGCAUCGUCCAACAAAUGAGCUUAUUUGUUGGCUCACUCGACUGGGUUGACAAGUUGGCACCAGAUAGAGAUCUUUGUGACGACUGCAAAGCAGUGGUUCAACGCGUAUUGGAUCAUUCUCUGAACACUAGUUUGGAUGUAACCAAUGUAGCGCUGGAUUCCAUGGAUUGGGGUCUUGGCUCAUUACCUGAUUUCAAUUUCGAGCUUUUGGAUACGUUCGAUUGGAUGCGAUCGGAUGCGCAGUGAGGAUUGUUUUGAAGAAAUGGUGUAUUGAUGGGAGUUCAAUCAAUGUUCUCACAGGAUAAACAUUUGAUUUAGUAUACGUCUGUUCACUGGGCCAAAUCUAAACAUU